AUGGAGGCGGAGACACAAAAAUUCACGGAAUCUUCCGCAGAAGAAGUUCCACACGAAGUGAAAGAAGCAGUCCAACCUGAAGGCUUGUUGGGCAGGAAGACACUCCUCGAACAGCUCUUUUCCGAUGCACUCAAACGGGUUGCUGAUGCGGUCACGGUCCACCAAAGUAAAGUUAAUUUUGAAACGGAAUAUCUCGAUCCUGUUGAAGAAGAACUUUCAGUCGUGAUGCAUGCAGUGGAGCUUUUUCAACAAAUUGUCAUUCCACCUGUAGUCGAGAUAGCAAAACUGCCAUACGAGGCUUUGCGGACUGCGUCUGAAUUUGUCGACGAUAUUUUCCGGACUAUCGUGGAUCCAGAAAUGACUCUCAGUGAAGAUUCGUCGGACAGUGGACUCGGUUCCGUUGAUGGUUCCUGUGACAGCCAAAAGACGUAUAAUAUUAGAUCGACUGACGACUUGCAAGAGAACAGAGCAGAUCUUGAAUGCAUUUUUGCCAGAGGAGAGGCUCCAAAAAGACCCCCUUUAGGCGUAGUCGUAGGACGUGUCCAUGAAGCAGGAGCCACAGACCUGUAUAACCUUGCGAUGAAGAUCUGGUGGUCUGGCAAGCUCGCUUUUCAAACUCGUUGUGGAUCCUCCAGGGACAUUUACAUGAUUCAGAAUUUGAUACACAGUACAUUGGACAUUACAGCUUACGCAUAUAUCGGGACUUUUGCCGAUCCCCUGGGCCCCGGAGAAUAUAUGGAUAAGAAGCCAUCUCUCAUUUAUGACUAUACCGUGGAUUUCGGGACCAUCUGCCCCGAGAUGAACGAACAAGCAAAUCAGGUCCAUCUCGGUGUAAUCAACAAUGAACACAUGUACAGGAAUGUCGUGGACGUUCUCAGGAAAGUGGGCGAAACUGAAGAUGGAGGGCACAUUCUGCUGGGGAAAGCCAUGCUGAGAGAUCCACUUGAUUUCCCCGAAAACGGCGACAUUCUUGCGGCGUUUUGGUCUGGCGUUUCGUACGACCACGACGCCUUCGAGUCCUCUCGCGGAGACUUCAGGCUCGGCGACCUGGAUCGAUCCUUCACAUACAGACACCAGAGCAUUCUCGAGGUACUUCGACGAUUUCUUCCACUUCUGGAACUCGUUGCAGACCCUACGUCUGUGGCCCCCCUUCUCUACGAUAGUGCUCUCCGCUGGAAGUUAGGACGCGAGCCCUUGUCUCCUUCCCAAGCUUUCGCCUCAAGAAACUAUAGGAUGGGCGGUGAGCCUUCUGACCCUCAAUUCCGGCUGCGGCCACUUCCAAGCGGCACGCCCGUGUCGCAUCUGAGUGGCGCUCUUCUACCCCGAGUAAGUGUCCUCGACCUUCUCAAGAAGCUUACCAACGACUCCGAAAGGUUGUCCAUCGCCGGUGUUGACGCGGAGUCCCAGGAGGACGCACAAUAG